CCAGGUGGCGCCACUUGCCUACCACGGCCAGCAGAGGGAUAAAGCUUUCAUUCAUUCACUCAACAGGUGCCUGUGAUAGUAGACGGACCGGUAUUUCUGAGUCUCUUGAACUUUGUAGCUAACGGAGCGUCGCACUGAAGGAUGGUUGCCUACUGGAGACAAGCGGGCUUGAGCUAUAUCCGCUUCUCGGCCAUCUGCGCGCAGGUGGUGCGCGAGGCGCUGAAGCCGCAGUUCAAAGCGCUCGCGAUGAGGAACGCGGAGGCGAACGUGAAGGUGGUCAAGCGCAAAACCACCUGAACAGCCAGGACCAGACCUUUUCUGACUGAAGGCGCCACAUGACACUGCUGCCGAACGGUUUAAUCCUUUGGUUACAAUGUAGGCUAAUCUCAUUAAAGUGUUGAUGAAA